UUAGCCUAUCAGAAGCUUCUAAAGCCAUGACAUCAUUUUUAGAAAAUUUCCAAGCUGUUUAAAGGCACAGUCAACUUAGUGUAUGCCAACUUCUGACCCACUAGAAUUGUGAUACAGUGAAUUAUAAGUGAAAUAAUCUGUCUGUAAACAAUUGUUGGAAAAAUUACUUGUGUCAUGCACAAAGUAGAUGUCCUAACCGACUUGCCAAAACUAUAGUUUGUUAACAAGAAAUUUGUGGAGUGGUUGAAAAACGAGUUUUAAUGACUCCAACCUAAGUGUAUGUAAAAUUCCGACUUCAACUGUAUGUGUGUGUGUAUAUAUAUGUGUGUGUAUAUGUGUGUAUAUACAGUGAGGGAAAAAAGUAUUUGAUCCCCUGCUGAUUUUGUACGUUUGCCCACUGACAAAGAAAUGAUCAAUCUAUAAUUUUAAUGGUAGGUUUAUUUGAACAGUGAGAGACAGAAAACUAAACAAAAAUCCAGAAAAACGCAUUUCAAAAAUGUUAUAAAUUGAUUUGCAUUUUAAUGAGGGAAAUAAGUAUUUGACCCCCUCUCAAUCAGAAAGAUUUCUGGCUCCCAGGUGUCUUUUAUUGUCACGGUUCUCUACGACAGAACCCAGAAGCAGACCAGGACAAGGUGAGUUGAACGAAGGUGAGUAUUUAUUACAGAUUCAAAAAAAUGCAGAAUAAUCCAGGAGACGGAGCGGGCGGCGGAGAUGAGUUGGUGGAGGUGAAGUGGCAGAUCCAAUGAUGGCACGGCAGCCGCCGAUAACCAGGCAGGGGUUGGGUGAAGGUCCCGGGAGAAUGACUGUAGACAGAAAAAAACGGAGGUAAGUACACGGCAGGCCAAUAAGGUGCAAAACAACAAAACUAACGCUAGUAACUCAGAGGCUGAUACGCUGACAAAACAUACUGUUCAUGGCUAACGAUCCGGCAGGGAAUGGAUGUCAGGUCAGAGCUUAUGAAGGGGUGAUGAUCAGGACCAGGUGUGCCGAAGCUGAUGAGAAGCAGGUGCGGGUAAUCGAGAGAUCACCCGCCUAGCAACGUCGCCCGGCAACCGGACAGGGUGCGUUCAGGAACCUUCAGGAAACAGGAGAUUCAGAGCAGAAAAACAGCAACACAGGCAGGAACAGACUCAGGACGCAGGGUUCAUGACAUUUAUACAGGUAACGAGCUGAGAUUAGGAGCACACUCUGAAAGGGAGUGCUCCUAAUCUCAGUUUGUUAUCUGUAUAAAAUACACCUGUCCACAGAAGCAAUCAAUCAAUCAGAUUCCAAACUCUCCACCAUGGCUAAGACCAAAGAGCUCUCCAAGGAUGUCAGGGACAAGAUUGUAGACCUACACAAGGCUGGAAUGGGCUACAAGACCAUCGCCAAGCAGCUUGGUGAGAAGGUGACAACAGUUGGUCCGAUUAUUCGCAAAUGGAAGAAAACACAAAAUAACUGUCAAUCUCCCUCGGCCUGGGGCUCCAUGCAAGAUCUCACCUUGUGGAGUUGCAAUGAUCAUGAGAACGGUGAGGAUUCAGCCCAGAACUACACGGGAGGAUCUUGUCAAUGAUCUCAAGGCAGCUGGGACCAUAGUCACCAAGAAAACAACUGGUAACACACUAUGUCGUGAAGGACUGAAAUCCUGCAGCGCCCGCAAGGUCCCCCUGCUCAAGAAAGCACAUAUACAGGGCCAUCUGAAGUUUGCCAAUGAACAUCUGAAUGAUUCAGAGGAGAACUGGGUGAAAGUGUUGUGGUCAGAUGAGACCAAAAUCGAGCUCUUUGGCAUAAACUCAACUCGCCGUGUUUGGAGGAGGAGGAAUGCUGCCUAUGACCCCAAGAACACCAUCCCCACCGUCAAACAUGGAGGUGGAAACAUUAUGCUUUGGGGGUGUUUUUCUGCUAAGGGGACAGGACAACUUCACCGCAUCAAAGGGACGAUGGACGGGGCCAUGUACCGUCAAAUCCUUCCCUCAGCCAGGGCAUUGAAAAUGGGUCGUGGAUGGGUAUUCCAGCAUGACAAUGACCAAAAACACACGGCCAAGGCAACAAAGGAGUGGCUCAAGAAGAAGCACAUUAAGGUCCUGGAGUGGCCUAGCCAGUCUCCAGACCUUAAUCCCAUAGAAAAUCUGUGGAGGGAGCUGAAGGUUUGAGUUGCCAAACGUCAGCCUCGAAACCUUAAUGACUUGGAGAAGGUCUGCAAAGAGGAGUGGGACAAAAUCCCUCCUGAGAUGUGUGCAAACCUGGUGGCCAACUACAAGGAACGUCUGACCUCUGUGAUUGCCAACAAGGGUUUUGCCACCAAGUACUAAGUCAUGUUUUGCAGAGGGGUCAAAUACUUAUUUCCCUCAUUAAAAUGCAAAUCAAUUUAUAACAUUUUUGACAUGCGUUUUUCUGGAUUUAUUUGUUGUUAUUCUGUCUCUCACUGUUCAAAUAAACCUACCAUUAAGAUUAUAGACUGAUCAUGUCUUUGUCAGUGGGCAAACGUACAAAAUCAGCAGGGGAUCAAAUACUUUUUUCCCUCACUGUAUAUGUGUGUAUAUAUAUGUGUGUAUAUGUUUAUAUAUGUGUAUAUGUGCCUUGAUCCUAGAAAUCCAUUUUUCAUCCUUUCCUUUUCCCACAGGAGCUAACCAAUGAGAAGGUGCAGUCCCAAGAACUGUCCAAUGAGGCUGCACGGCUGAAGCAGGAGUUGGACAGGGUGGAGGCUGAACUGAAGACAGUUACCGCUGACCUUCUCCUUUCAGAGAAGUGGGAGAGAGAUGCUGUCUCUGCUAAUUUCCCACCAGAAAUCCCUGCUAACAUACUGAAGGCUACAUCCUCAGACAGACUCACAUUAGAGCACCCAGAGGCUAAAGAUGCCCAACCAAAGGAGGGCCAUGACCUCUGUACGACCUCAGAUGCUGGAGUAGAGAAGAUGGACUGGUCUAUGAGUGAACGACUGAUAGACCUGGAGAGAGAGGUGUGUGUGUUCACCUGACGUUUUUUGUCUUUGUUGAUAUUUGCUGUGCCAAACCCCCCCCCCACCUCCCUCUCACGGUGGAUUAGGAGCGGGAGGUGUGUGUCUGUGUGUUUUCACCUGUCAAGGUUCUAAUCUGCUGGUAUAUGCUAUGACAAUUUAUCAUGUGAUUGUCAAUUGUCUCUAGUCAUAUCAUCUCUUUCUCACCACCCCCUCAGAAUGCAGCGGCGGGUGCAGAGCGGGAGGUGUUGCUAUCCCAGCUGUCUCAGUCCCAGUCCGCCUGUAGCCACCUGAGGGAGCAGAUAGACACCCUGCAACAUCACUCUAUCACCCUGCAGGAGACCUGCACCAAGCUGCAGACACUCAACACUCAGCUACAGGUAUCAUACAGCUACUAUUGUUUUAUAUAGUUAUUAUCCUGAAACUGGGUCCUCUCGCCACUUCAGAGACUGUAGUACUGUCACCUGUGUCCGAGUGUCACAGUGUUUGAUUUCCAACUUCCCCCCCUCUCCCAGGUGGAGCAGGCGUCCCUGAGUUUCCAGCAGGCAGCGGUGUUGGCGAGGUGCAGCGAGAGCGAGGCCAGGUGUGCUGCUCUGGAGGCGGAGUCUAAGGUGUGGGCCAGGGAACAUGAGGAGUCAUUGGUCAGGACGGAGGGGCUGAGGAGGGACCAGGAGCGAAUGACAGCGCUGCACCAGAGGCAGGAGGCGGAGCUAGAGGAGCUGUUGGAUAGACACUCCCACCUGAGGAGCAGCAACCGUAACCUGGAGACACAGCACAGGGAGCUGGAGGGAAGGUAGGGAACACAGGGAGCUGGAGGGAAGGUAGGGAACACAGGGCGCUGGAGGGAAGGUAGGGAACACAGGGAGCUGGAGGGAAGGUAGGGAACACAGGGAGCUGGAGGGAAGGUAGGGAACACAGGGAGCUGGAGGGAAGGUAGGGAACACAGGGAGCUGGAGGGAAAGUAGGGAACACAGGGCGCUGGAGGGAAGGUAGGGAACACAGGGAGCUGGAGGGAAGGUAGGGAACACAGGGAGCUGGAGGGAAGGUAGGGAACACAGGGAGCUGGAGGGAAGGUAGGGAACACCAAGUAACACUUUAUUUAAAGAAGUAUACAUAAGGCAUUGUUAACUUUAUGAAAGCAGUCUGAUUGGAGUUCCAUAUGCCAUUGAAUACACUGUAUACUGACUUGUGAAAAACCCCCGAUAGAAUUAUGUUUAUGAAAUCAGUAAUGACACCUUAAUGAGUGUUUAAGUAUAAUUCAUAGCAACGUUCAUAACACCUUCAUGUUCUCCAGGUAUCAGGAGCUCCUGGGCCUCAAAUCCCGGCUGGAGGAGAAAGAAAGAGAGAUGAAGCUAGAGAGAGAGAAGAUGGCGGGAGAGGUGCAAAAGCAGGCGGAGAGAGAAAGAGAAUUAGAGAGACUGAAAGAGGAUUAUGAGAGGUAAAAAGAAAACUCUCAGGCUAUUUGUCAGUCAAACAACUAACUGCUCCAUCAUUACAUUUACAUUUUACAUUUACGUCAUUUAGCAGACGCUCUUAUCCAGAGCGACUUACAGUUAGUGAGUGCAUACAUUAUUUAAUUUUUCAUACUGGCCCCCCGUGGGAAUUGAACCCACAACCCUGGCGUUGCAAACGCCAUGCUCUACCAACUGAGCUACAUCCCUACCGGCCAUUCCCUCCCCUACCCUGGACGACGCAGGGCCAAUUAUGCGCCGCCCCAUGGGUCUCCCGGUCGCGGCCGGCUACGACAGAGCCUGGAUCAUGUGAUCAUCACUUAUUCUCUUCAAGCUAUUUCAUUUAAUAGAACUUAUUGAUACAUUCAGUUCAUCCCUGAUCUAUUCAGUUCAUCCCUGAUCUAUUCAGUUCAUCCCAGAUCUACAGUGGUGUGAAAAAGUGUUUGCCCCCUUCCUGAUUUGUUAUUUGUUUGCAUGUUUGUCACACUUAAAUGUUUCAUAUCAUCAAACAAAUUUAAAUAUUAGUCAAAGAUAACACAAGUAAACACAAAAUGCAGUUUUGAAAUGAAGGUUGUUAUUAUUAAGGGAAAAUAAAAUCCAAACCUACAUGGCCCUGUAUGAAAAAGUGUUUGCCCCCAUGUUAUAACACAACUCAACUGUGGUUUAUCACACCUGAGUUCAAUUCCUCUAGCCACACCCAGGCCUGAUUACUGCCACACCUGUUCUCAAUCAAGGAAUCACUUAAAUAGGACCUGCCUGACAAAGUGACCAAAAGAUCCUCAAAAGCUAGACAUCAUGCCGAGAUCCAAAGAAAUUCAGGAACAAAUGAGAAAGAAAGUAAUUGAGAUCCAUCAGUCUGGAAAAGGUUAUAAAGCCAUUUCUAAAGCUUUGGGACUCCAGCGAACCACAGUGAGAGCCAUUAUCCACAAAUGGCAAAAACAUGGAACAGUGGUGAACCUUCCCACGAGUGGCCGGCGACCAAACUUACCCCAAGAGCGCAGCGACGACUCAUCCAAGAGGUCACAAAAGACCCCACAACAACACUUGCCUCAGUUAAGGUCAGUGUUCAUGACUCCACCAUAAGAAAGAGACUGGGCAAAAAUGGCCUGCAUGGCAGAGUUCCAAGACGAAAACCACUGCUGAGCAAAAAUAACAUUAAGGCUCGUCUCAUUUUUGCCAGAAAACAUCUUGAUGAUCCCCAAGACCUUUGGGAAAAUACUCUGUGGACUGACGAGACAAAAGUUGAACUUUUUGGAAGGUGUGUGUCCCAUUACAUCUGGCGUAAUAGUAACACCGCAUUUCAGAAAAAGAACAUCAUACCAACAGUAAAAUAUGGUGGUGGUAGUGUGAUGGUCUGGGCCUGUUUUGCUGCUUCAGGACCUGGAAGACAUGCUGUGAUAAAUGGCACCAUGAAUUCUGCUGUCUACCAAGAAAUCAUGAAGGAGAAUGUCCGGCCAUCUGUUUGUGACCUCAAGCUGAAGCGAACUUGGGUUCUGCAGCAGGACAAUGAUCCAAAACACACCAGCAAGUCCACCUCUGAAUGGCUGAAGAAAAACAAAAUGAAGACUUUGGAGUGGCCUAGUCAAAGUCCUGACCUGAAUCCUAUUGAGAUGCUGUGGCAUGACCUUAAAAAGGCAGUUCAUGCUCGAAAACCCUCCAAUGUGGCUGAAUUACAACAAUUCUGCAAAGAUGAGUGGGCCAAAAUUCCUCCACAGCGCUGUAAAAGUGUUAUGUGAAUUAUUUAACAAACGAUUUCAGUGUCUCUGUGCGUCUCCCAAAAGGAUCAAGAAACAGACAGAGUCCCUGUCUGCAUAGUCAGAGAUGUUUAUUCAUUGAGAAUUCUGCCAUCACAAUUUCAGAGUCCAUCUUUUAUACUCACACGUCAUACAAAAAUCCCUCCCCUCUUUAGGCGGGCUGUAGUUUUCCACUUUAAAACUGCUCUCCUGACCAUCAGUUCACAUACACACACACACACAUACAUACACACACACACACAUGCAUACACACAUACAUACAUACACACACACAUGCAUUCCUUAGUUAUUGCCGUCCUCACAAUAUCCUGCACCAUAUUUCAUACUCCUUAAAAAGCCUAACAGUUUCUCUCCUCCCUAAAUUGGGAGGCCUCUUUAUCUUGGUUUCUCAGUUGUCUGUAGAUAGUUCUCCUUGUCCUUUGUUGUCUGGUCUAACUCUUCCUCACAUUGCUAAAUAGUAGCUCAAUGUCAUAGUCUUUACUGGUCCUACACUCACACAUUCUAACACAUUUCACACAGUUUCAGGGUGUAAUAAUUAGUCAUUAAUAAUUAUUCUAUCAAAAAGACUCAUUGCAAGUUAUCGCAAAAACUUGAUAGCAGUUGUUGCUGCUAAGGGUGGCCCAACCAGUUAUUAGGUUGUAGGGGGCAAUCACUUUUUCACACAGGGCCAUGUGGGUUUGGAUUUUGUUUUCCCUUAAUAAUAACAACCUUAAUUUCAAAACUGCAUUUUGUGUUUACUUGUGUUAUCUUUGACUAAUAUUUAAAUUUGUUUGAUGAUCUGAAACAUUUAAGUGUGACAAACAUGCAAACAAAUAAGAAAUCAGGAAGGGGGCAAACACUUUUUCACACCGCUGUAUUCAGUUCGUCCCAGAUGUAUUCAGUUCGUCCCAGAUGUAUUCAGUUCGUCCCAGAUGUAUUCAGUUCGUCCCAGAUCUAUUCAGUUCGUCCCUGAUCUAUUCAGUUCAUCACGGAUCUACUCAGUCAGACACCUGGCAGUUGGUUGUUUGACUGACAAAUAGCCUGACUUGCUGGUUCACCUUCUUAUCUUGUCAAGUAAAUCCUUGGUUCUCUGUCUGUCUGUAAAUGUAUGUUGUUCUGUUCUCCCAGGCUGCAAGGUGUGCAGAGGGAGUGGGCCCAGGUGCAGAGUGAGCUGCUGGCCCAGGGCUCGGUGCUGCGAGGGGAGCUGAGUGCUGCCCAGCUGGAGAGGACCAGGCUGGAGGGAGAGAUCAGCUCUCUGAGGGAGAACAACCAGAGACUGGAGCUCAGCACCGACCGCCUUACCAACCAGUACCAGGUCAGGAGGAAGGGAUGGUCUCACACACACACAUACACCUUAUGUUUACUAUAAAUUAUUCUGAAACCUGUGUGUUUGUGUGUGUAGCUGCUGACCCAGCUGAAGGGUAAUAUGGAGGAAGAGAACCAUCAACUGUUGGAGCAGAAUCAGAGUCUGACCAAUCACAACAGAGCUCUGAUGGAGCAGAGCCUGGAGCGCAAGGACCAGCACCACUCACAGCAGAGAGAGUACCAGUUAGUACACACACACACAUUAACGGAAAGAUUGUUAUUCUAUUCUCCACGAAUGUCCUAUUUCUCAUCUCUCCUUACCUCUCCUCUCCUCCCCUCUCUCCUUACCUUUCCUCUCUCCUCUCCACCUCCCUCUCUCCUCUCCUCUUUCUCUCCUUUCCUCUCCUCCUCUCUCCAGGGAGAAGAUGGGUGAGCUGCGUAGAGAGAAACAGAAGCUGGUGGAGAAGAUCAUGGAUCAGUACAGAGUUCUGGAUCCCAGCAUGCUUACACCCAGCAAGGCCAAGUAAACACACACACUCACACAGACAGACGCUCACACACACACACACACACACACACAAACACGUUAAGAGAGGUUCCAGGUUUGAGGGAUUGAUGUCACAUCGCUCCAAUAGGUCCUUACUGUGGGCUUUGUAGCGUUUCUUCUGGACUCCAGCAGUGCGUUUGGAUGCAGUCACACAUGCAGACACAGACACACAGACCGAGGCCAAAUUCCUCUUUUUGUAACCCCCCCCACACUCUCUCCAUCUCUCACACUUCCUAUUGAUCUUGAUCUCCCUCUCCAUCCCUCCCUCGCUAUCUCUCCUUCCUUUCCUCCUUUCCUCCCUCCAUUCCUCUCUGUAGGAAGUCCAGCUGGAUAGCAGACAGGAUGAAGAAGCUGAUUAAGCCUAAAGGAGGAGGAGGGAGAGAGGGACGUGCUCUGUUCUACGCUGCUGGCAGUAUAGAGAACCUGGCUGACAGUGCAGACAACCCACCAGACACACAGACACAGACUGCUGCUGUGACUGGUGAGACUAUACAGACAAACACAGACAAACACAGACAGACACACACACACACACACACACACACACACACUGAACAACUCAGUGAGAGACCACAGACACUAUUAUUCACAAACACAAAUCACAUUCAAAUCACUACAUGAGUCAUUUGUACUGAUACUACUCCUCAUAUGUCUCUCUCUCUACCUCUCUUUCUGGCUCUUUCUCUCUCUCUCACCCUACCCCCUGUUAUAUCUCACCCCUCUGUACUCUCUCUUCUCUCCUCCAGACCCCCGCAGUGCCCCCGUCUCCCGCUGCCCCCUGCGACGUGCCCCCUCCCUGGGUGACUCUGACCAGGCGGGAGGGCUGUAUGGGCUGCCACUGCGUUCAGGUUCGGGGGGCCGUCGAAAGCUCGGUUCCCGUCGAAAACUGGGUUCCCAGUCCUUCAGUCCCGGAGACAAGAAUACUUCACCCCUCCAGCGUCUACAAUCUGCAGACAGAGGUUCCACAGUGAUCUGGGAGGGGCAGAGCAGCCUUACAGACACACUCACUCCCAAAACCACCCCCAUGACCUCAGCCACCAACAGCCAGGAGAAUGUGAUGGAGGAGGGAAAGAGAGGUGAGGAGGGGAGAGGUGAUGGAUAGAGGGGAGGGGAGGAGAGAAGUGAGGAGGGGAGAGGUGAUGGAUAGAGGGGAGGGGAGGAGAGAGGUGAGGAUGGGGAGAUGGGUGAUGAUAGAUGGGAGGGAGGAGAGAGGUGAGGAGGUAGAAGUGAGGUAGAGGGGGAGGGGAGGAGAGAGGUGAGGAGGGGAGGGGAGAGGUGAGAUGGAUGAAGAGGGAGGGAAGGAGUGGGGGGAGAGCGGGGGAGAGGUGAGGAGGGAGGUGUGGACUAUAGGGGAGAGGUGGAGGGAGGACAGAGGGAGGGGUUAGACAUGAGGGAAUUUGUGUACCAACUGUCACUGAUGUCCCUGACCAGCCCUGACAAAUUGAAGUGAAGUGACUGCUUUUGACAGGACCUUUGUGUGUUUGGUUUUAGCCGUGAGUGGGGACAACAAUGAAGGACAUCUCAACUCAGAUCCCUGCUGUCAGUCCAGUAAGGACAAACCAGUGAACUAA